UUAUGUACCAAUUCAAACAGAACGAUCAACCAAUCAGUUCUUUUUUUAUAAAUGAUCUAAUUAAACCUCGAGAGCACAAUGUGUACUCUAUUCUGAACAAUUACGAUGAAUGUAGUUCAUGUCAGUGCUACAUUAUUUCUGUUAAUUCAAUCGAUAUACUUGAAAGUCAACAUACCGGAAUGUAUCCAUCAAUUUUUUGGGAUAGCAAAAAUUUAGUGUUAAUAGUCGGGAACCAGUGCAGCGAUGCAUUCAAGGCACUGAAAUGGUUAUGGAAACGUCAGGCUAUCAAAUCAUAUUUCAUGUGCCCCGAUGAAUUCAACAACAAUACAGACAUCUAUAUGUUUAACCCUUACGGUGAUAGAGCGCCAAAGCUCUGGAGCAAAGUUGAGACAACAGACCGACCAUAUGAUCAAUGGACAGUCUACAAAAUGCCAUUUGUUAACGAUCAAAGUCUAUGUUCCAGUUUAACUUUUGACAAAACGGAGAAUUUAGAUGGUUACCAACUUCCAGUUGAGGGUUUCAAGUGGAUAAACUUCGACAAAAUAAAUUUUAAUGAAGAUGACAGAUCCAAAACAUUCUAUAUGAACAUUUUGACAAAAACAAUUCUUUUUUACAAGAAUAUAUUAUCGGCUAUGAAUGUCACCCCUAUAGCUUACAAGGAAAAUGCAACAUUUUUUGAGAUGAUGAAUGUAGGGGAUCCGCGACUACUCGAAUACGUUUCUUAUGGUCAAAUAUUUUUUCCUUUUUAUGAACAAAGUGGUUACGUUAUACUCACACAAAAACAAAGUUUAAUACCGACGAUCAGCCAAGUAGCCGAGAAAUUUUUUACUUAUCAGAAUAUAGUAAUGUCGUCCAUUGUUUUGGUAAUACUAUUCAUAAUAAUUCUGUUUAAUCACAAGUUUCAUUUCGGCGGAGUUGCUUUAGAUCUCUUGUCAUUUCUAUUGAAUGUGAGGUUAACGACUCCUAUAAAUCGGUUAUGGCUGCGAAUUACUUUCUUGAGUGCAACUUUAUUUGUUCUCAUUUUCAAUCCGGCGUUGCAGGGGCAACUGACUUCAAUAUUGACUCGACCAGAGUAUAGGAAUGUCCAAACCCUAAAAGAUCUUCGGGACAAUAAUUACCACGUCUACUGGUCUACGGUCGAUGAGUAUAAUGUAAUACUCGAUAGUCAGUUAUGGGAUGAAGAUUCUUUGAAUAAAUAUGUCCACCUGAUAAAUCUGGACGAACGAGAUUAUUGCAUAAAGAACGUUAGAAGUAAUUCUUCUAUGGCUUGUUUAAUUGACUUUUACUCACUUGAAGCUACAAACUUAGACUUACAUAUUUCAAAAGAGUUUUCUCAAAAAAUUCAUGUAUUUAUAACUAGUCCACAUUGGGCACUCAAUGAAAAAGCUCAAAAAAUAGCGAUGAAGUUGUUUGAAAGUGGUUUUUCGGAUUAUGCUCAAAAGCGUAAUUUAUAUAGAAUUUUGAUGAAGAGAAAAAUCAAAAUGGAUAAAAUUAAAGCAUUACGAGAUUAUGAGCAAUUAAAUCUCGAGGAUUAUGCGUUAGUCUACAUUGCGAUGACACUGGCUGCAGCCUGGGCAUUUCUUGUUUUGGGUGCCGAAAUUCUGUUUAAAAAAAUAGAAACAUUCUUUGAGGAACGUUCACGAGAGGCGGAAAUGAGAAAAUUGGAGAUUCGAAGGAGAAUCGCAUCGACCGUCAGGAAAGUAGCCAUUCUCUCUCAAGAAGUAAUCGACGUUUAAGCAAAAGAAUAACUUUUAAUUAUUGUCGAACUUUGAAUUCUUAAAAAUAUUAUUUGUUAAAGUGUGAUAGUGUAAACCAUUGUAUCGUUGGAAGAGAUAUCGGGGCAAAAUAGGACAUAAUUCAAAAGGAAAGAAAAACUUCUUUAUUUCAUGGAAAAAAGGGUGAGCAACUUUCCCUGAUCAUGUGCACAAAUAAGUAAACGAUUUUGAAUAAAAACAAAUCUUGAUUUUCUCAACGAAAGCAAUUUUGCCCUGAUAUUUUGACCAUGCGAUUGCUGUUUGAAAAAUUCAAUACUUUUGUUAUGAUUAGAUGUGUUCUAGUGCUAAUUAAAUAAUUCAGACUCUCACGCAAUAACGCAUCCGCAAUUUUUA